AUGAAAAAGAGUCCAUCAAUUCCACAGCUCUUAAAUAAGAAUGUUCAAUUCAUUGCCAAUCCAAUUUGCUGGGUAUUCUAUGCUUUCCUUUUCUUUGCAGUCCGUGUUAUUUUAGCAGGCAUGGGAAUUUCAACAGCUGCAGCUUGGACAUUAGUCAAUUUCAUUCACGGUGCAGUUUCAUUCUCCGUCUUCCAUUGGAUCAAGGGCACACCAUUUAUUGAUGAUCACGGCGCUUAUUCUACACAAACAUUCUGGGAGCAAAUUGAUGAAUCUGCUAUGUUUGACUGGGCUCGUAAGUUCCUUACAAUCUUCCCAAUCUUCCUUUUAUAUCUUGCUUUAGAUUCUGGAAAAUGGGAACUCGCAGUUGCCUGGAUUAACCUUCCAGUUACAGCUUUAGUUCUUAUUCCAAAGCUUCCAUUCAUGCAUGGAGUUCGUAUCUUCGGCAUUAACAGCUAA